CGCCAGCCCCUCCCCCGCUCUGUGUGGCGUUGCCAGGUGACAGCAGACGCCUCUGCCGGGUGCUGCUGCUGAGUGGCCGCUGUCAUGGCGAAGUUUGUGCUCGCAGGAAAGGCAGAUUGCCCGUACUAUGCCAAAGCAGAACUUCUAGCAGACUAUCUUCAGAAAAACCUUCCAAACUUCAGAGUGCACAAAAUCACCCAACACCCUGACCACUGGGAGGAAUGGCUGACGGAGUUAUGUGUAAAGUACGGAUGGAAGCACCGGCGCUCACCGAUAAUAUGGCGAGAACUGUUAGAUCGUGGAGGCAAAGGAUUGCUUCUGGGAGGGUUUAAUGAUUUCAUGGAACAUGCCCAGGAAUAUUACAGUGUAACGUCGGAUAUGUUGAGCGGUCUGAUGAAGGACAUUGCUGCAGAGAACGUGCAAGCCUACAAUAUCAUACAACACGAGGAGGCUGACGCUAAGCGACAGAUUGAUCCGCGGCAUGUCUGGAUCACUGGGGCAUCGACGCCAGCCUGCUACAGUCUAAUUCCCAUGUUGGCCGGCGGUGAAGUCUUUGGUAGGAAAAAAGAUAUUUGGUUACAUUUGUUGGACGGUAGCCACUCGGAGAACGCUCUGCAAGGACUUAAAAUGGAGGCUGAAGACCUAGCUUUCUCAUGCCUAUGGAAAGUGACAUUGCACACGUUGGCUGACGACUCGUUUCUCCAAGCAGACUUCGUCAUUGUCCUCGAUGAUGUCCUUGUCAAGGAGGAUCAGUCCCCGGACGAUGCUAUUAGGUUGAUCACAGAACGAUGUGUCCGCUACGGCGCUCUUAUUGAUCAGAAUGCCAGCAAGGAAGUGAAAGUGAUUGUGUCAGGCAGUGCUUAUACAAACCUGCAGGCCCUAAUCAUCAUAGGAAACGCGCCAUCCAUUAACCAGCAAAACAUUGUGGCGUUACCCACGCAACUGGAGUUUGAGGCUAAAGCUGAGAUAGCAAAGAAACUGAGUGUAAACUCCUCAGCUGUAAAGGAUGUGAUCAUUUGGGGCAACAUUAGUGGAAUUAACCUUCUUGAUCUUCACCAAGCAAAAGUAUACAGAUUGGAUAGUUCCAUUUGGGGCCCGUCCUCCUUCUCUCGCCCGUUGCUGGCUGUGACAUAUGACCGGAAUUGGACAAAGAAUGACCUGGUAACGGAGUGGCAGAAACGAAAGCGGCAUCGCUCCGGCCUGUCAGCUGCUAACGCUAUCGCCAGAGUCUUGUCGUGGUGGCAGCGAGGGUCAGACACUGGAGACGUCGUGUCACUCGGUGUCCUCAACCAAGGCUAUUUUGAUCUCCCUGGUGACAUCGUAUACUCCAUGCCAGUGCAGUUCCAGGAUGGCAUUUGGCAUGUAUACACGCAGGUUACCAUUCAGGAGGACGCUAAGGAAAUAUUAUUGAAAGCAGCCUCUGAGCUGAUCAAGGAAAAGAACAUUGCUUUAGGAAUACCGCAACCACAGGACGAACCAACUGCAGGAGCAGAAACUAAAGAAAAUGUAACGACAGAAUCAGACCUUUUAUCUACAGAACCAAGAAACGAAGGUUCAUUACGCAAUGGGGAGAAUCAGCGAGCCAUCCAAGAGCCGCUCAAGCAAAACACCUGACCACGACUUCAUAAAGAUUACAUUGUAUUAAUCCUUCCUGUGAUAAUACAGUAUUCACAUCCCAAUGUGGAGAUUCGUCGUGUCCUCACUAAAUACAUCUUUUCCUAAAAUCA